ACUUUCUUUGCCUUGCAGAUGGUGUGAUUGCAAGAAGGCCUUUGACGGGUAAAGAAAUAAUUUCUUAAAUGGAAUGUUUUUAAUGCAGUGAUCCUAGACUGAUGGAUGAAGUCCCUAAAUUCUUAUCAUCACGUUUGGAAUCCAGUGAGACGAAAACUGUUUGAUUCAAGAAACGCUGUGGAAAUCACGUAAUUUUGUGCGCAUCUGAGACAAACUUUGUCUUUCUUGUCCUUCGGGAAAAAUCACCACAGCUCCGUAAAAAUGACGGCGACAUUGAAGUUUCAGCACACAAGACAGUCGUUCAGGUUGUUUAUUUUGUUACUUAUUUUGGUACUGUACACAUGUGUUUGUGCCGUCGUCUUUAACUCUCUUGAAGUAGCUAACGACAAACUUCAGUACGAGAUAUAUCAAGGAAAGAAAAAGCACUACAAACAGAAGUAUAACAUGAGCGAAGAAGAUUUCAUUGAGUUUAUCACCGACGCUAAUGUUCUUGUCAAGCGUGGAUAUGCUAAAAGCUACAAACAUUACUGGAAUUUUUAUCACGCGUUUUGGUUCACGACUACGGUGGUAACUACCAUGGGUUUUGGACAUAUUGUUCCUCUUACAUUUGGUGGCCGGCUUUUUUGCAUAUUCUGUGCCCUGCUUGGGAUUCCUCUAAAUCUGGUCGUGCUUAAGACAGUCGGUGAACGAAUUAAUCAAUACAUCUACAACACUAUAAAACAUGUCGAGAAAAAAUACCGCAAACAGAGGCACCCCUCCCAUGUGGGGAUCAAAGCUGCGGCGGUUUCGUUCCUAAUGAUGGUAGCAGUCCUUCUUGUGGGUGGAGCUUCUGACAUGAUCUUUGACGGUUGGACAUUUUUUGAUGGGGUUUAUUUCAAUUUCAUCGCCUACAGCACAAUUGGGUUUGGUGAUCUUUUUCCUCGGGUGGAGGAGUCGUCGAAACUGGACAAACUUGGUCUGGGUGAAAACGGCAAGCGUUUGUUUGCUUCUUUUGUAAUGAUGACAUUUACGAUCUUGGGAUUAUCAGUGACUUCGACUGUCAUUUGCUCAAUUUUGAACGCGAUUGACGAAAUGUCACACGUGCCCGCGACCUGGAGGACUAAAUCUACAGACUCCAAUAAGGAUCCUGGCUCAGUCAAGUUAAGAAGCUUAAAUAAGAAAAUAAGCAAAGAGAAGAUGGAGAUAGAUAAACAAGAACUGAACGAAAAGAGCGACAAAGAUCUACCACAUGAACAAUCUGGUGAAGUAAGCCACUUUCCAAAGAGUUUUUGUUGAGAGUUAACGUAUAGAAGAGUGGAUUUCAAGUGAGUCAGGCUUGGAGCAGUCCCUCCUUAUCGACGAAGUCUGUUGCGCAUGGAAAAUAAAAUCAGUUAAAAGAGACAUUGAUGCUAGCGCGCCACGUGGAGUUCUGGGUAGGAGGCGCACGAAAAGUAGGCCUAACUCCCAGAGUUCUGUCCGGCGCGCCGACAUAAUUGUCUUUUUCCACUCAUUUUUUGCACUCGCACGACGUAUUUAACCGAAAAGGGAGUACUACUCUUCGUCUACAAGCUAUGAAAAUAACUCAGUUAUCCAGGAUUUUUACCACCCAAAAGUUCCUUUACAUACAGGAAAUUUCUACCCCAGUGAGCAGGGUCUAAAAAACCGUUCAAGUAACAGAAUUAGUUUUCAUUGGAGAGAAGUGUUUGGGCUGUGCCCGGUACAACGGUUUUCAUUUAGUCUUGUACUUUGCCUUCAAAUACUGAAGUUAUAAAACGUUUUAACUGAUAUUCAAUUGUUUAGUUUUCAAGAAAAAUAUCUGAUUGUAUUCAAAAACUGCGGACAGAGGUGUUAUAAGCGCGCGCAAAGAAACAAUUUUCGCAAGUCUUGGAAUAAGGAAACUUAAGCAGAGACAUUUUUAAACAAGGUCAGAGACUAGAACAGGA